GUCGUCACAUGCUCGCCGUAUUUUCUAGGAGGUUAACAUUGACCUUUUCGGUGCUCCGUAGUGCUUCCUCCUCUCUACCUGUUUAGUGGUUAAAGAUGGCUGAAGCUCCCCUAUGGCCCAGCCGGUUCUUCUGUCACAGAUGCUCCGCAGAGAUUAGUCCUCGGAUUCCCGAGUACACAUGUCCAAGAUGUGAGUCAGGGUUUAUUGAGGAACUGCUGGAGGAGAGAAGUGCUGACAAUGGCUCCACGUCUAGCAUCUCCAGCGGGCCGCAGAACCAGCAACCAUUUGAGAAUGCGGACCAGCACUUGUUUACAUUCCCCUCGGGCUAUGGGCAGUUUGCCCUCGGUGUCUUUGACGACCGCUUUAACUUCGGGUCUGGACUGGGAACAGAGGAUAACAGGGAUGCUGAAAACAGGCGAGAAAGGGAAACGGCAUCACGGCAACGAUAUGGUGCCAGGCAACCGAGAAGUCGUCAUGGUUCAAGGCGACAAACAGGGAGAGCUGAGGGAGUUCCCACUUUAGAGGGAAUCAUUCAGCAGCUAGUGAAUGGAAUAAUUGCACCCACUGCAAUGCCAAAUAUCGGUGUUGGGCCCUGGGGUGUUCUGCACUCAAGUCCUAUGGAUUAUGCCUGGGGCGCUAAUGGACUAGAUGCGAUUAUAACUCAGUUAUUAAACCAGUUUGAGAACACGGGACCUCCACCUGCUGAUGGGGAUAAAAUAAAAACUCUUCCUACAGUACAAAUUACAGCUGAGCAUGUUGCUUCAGGACUGGAAUGUCCAGUGUGUAAAGAAGAUUACACUGUAGGAGAAAGUGUGAGGCAGCUCCCAUGCAAUCACAUGUUCCACAAUGACUGCAUCGUGCCCUGGCUGGAGCAGCAUGACACUUGUCCAGUGUGCAGGAAAAGCUUGAGUGGGCAGAACACGGCAACAAACCCUCCAGAACUUUCAGGGAUGAACUUUACCUCCUCCCCUUCCUCCUCGUCCUCUUCAUCUUCCUCUACCCCUCAGUCCUCAAGUUCGACCAGCAAUGAGAACUCCACUGAUAACUCUUAGAGAAUCACUUAUCUUUAUAACCCUAGGGGCUGUUUAUAGCUCCUAGGCUGCUGUACUUCAGAGCAGUGACCUCUAGUCUCUCCCUGCUGUAGGGCAGAGACCUGAGUGCAUCUGGCCAGGAGCACUCAAGCCUGAUUCAGGGGUAAGUGACGCGUAAGGUCCAUGUAUUUCUGCCCGUCCUGUUGCUCCCACCUUCAUCAGGGAACUAAACAAAGGAAGGGCGGAGGCCUGGAGUGCAGCUUCUGCAGGAGGAUAUGGAGAUCUGCCUGAAUCACCUCAUACAGGAAGAGAAAACAAAGGAAUCCAAAGGUAGAAGACUCGGGAAAACCAGACAGUCGCUGUUCAUUUUUGAUAUUUUUUUUUAAACUUUCUUUUUUUAAACCCCAGACCCACUUUAGCCAAUGAAGCAAAAAGAAAAGUGCAUUUCUUCAUUUUAUAAGUACCAGUCAUAUCUCUCAGAUAAUAU